ACACAUCUACAGCUUGGUAUGGUGCAGGACGGUGCCCGCCAUAGGCCAUGGCUGGCGCACGCGCGCUGCUCGAUCAGGACGCAAAUGCGCCGUGUCGAGUAAGACCGAAAUACGCGCCGUGCUUCGCGCAGCGCGAUCCCGCAAAGCCAAGCUCACCCCUGGUCCUUGUUGACUCUUGCGAGAGCUUGCCAUAGAGUUUGCGUCUCAGCGCCUUGGGUUUGUAAGGGCUACUCAUCGAUCCCACGAUGCGCAUCUCCAUCCCAAGCAUCCCUCACAAUGGGAACACGCGGUCUAUCAUCGAAUACACCGUUCCGCAGGCCGGGGAGAUGGUCGCUGAGUUCCUGCGCAGAGGCCGACGGAAGAACUUGAUCAUGACCGGAGCAGGUGUUUCUGUCGACUCUGGCAUCGCGCCGUAUCGGGGUGAAAAUGGACAUUACACAGUUCACAAGACAUACCGACCGAUCUUCUUUCACGAAUUUACGGCGCUGAGCGACAAGGGGCACACGUACAGGCAGCGCUACUGGUCCCGAUCCUACCUCGGAUUCCCACCCGUGCGCCAUGCGCUGCCCAAUAAGACGCACUACUCUAUAGCAGCGCUGCAGCGCCUUGGACACGUGCCGGAAUUCAUCACCCAAAAUGUUGACAGCUUGCAUCACGCUGCCACCCCCUCGCCCUCGCUAGCUGCGGCUUCGAUCCUCGAGCUGCACGGCACGCUCGCGUAUGUUGUCUGCGUUUCCAGACUGGAUGGGACCAGUGCAAGAGCAAACAGGGGUGACGGACGCGCCGAAACCUCCUUCCCAUCAUCAGCCUCGGCGCUGUUCGAUCCAGACAUGCACGCGCGUCUAGCGCUCCCGCAUCUACACAAUCCGCGUGCCACCGCAUCUCAUUGGUCCAACACAUCCACCGGUUCGUCCUACGCCCCUGGCUGCGGCUUCCGCGGCUCGCGUGCUGCGUUCCAAGAUGUCCUGACAGACUGGAACCCGCGAUGGGCAGAUUUUUCCGCCGAGAUGGCCGCGAGCAACACCCUGCUCAAAACGAACCCGGACGGGGAUGUGCAGCUCGGUGCUGAUACGAACUACUCCUCCUUCAUGUACCCGCCAUGUCCUUCUUGCGGUGGCGUGCUGAAACCUGCGGUGGUCUUUUUCGGCGAGUCGGUUCCAGACGAGCUGCGCGACCGCUCGCACGCGCUCGUAGCGUCCAGCGACAGCUUCAUGCUUGUCGGAAGCUCUCUCGCUACGUACAGCGCCUUCCGCCUCGUCAAACAGGCUGUCGAGGAGCGCAAGCGCGUGAUGAUCGUCAACAUCGGCCCCACUAGAGCGGACCCUAUCGUACCGGACAAGAUCGAGUUGCCCAGCUCCGACGUGCUCGGCAACGCAGCCAAGCUCCUCGCUGGCUCCAUGGGCUCCAGCGACCCUGUGCUCAAGCACCUGCUCGAGAGCGGCGUCAAGGUGCAGCCGACGAGACGUGUAACGUCGAGCUAGAAGCAGAAAUGGGAUCAUGAGCACAUCUGUCUUCUACAUUGCGGGUUCAUCAUUGCGAAAAAUCCUGGAUACAUGCUGAUCAAAUUGCCAUGAG